AUGGAGAAACAAUCCGAGAAGGAUCCAAUUGAUGCCCAGGGGCCCAAUGAAGAAACGGAUGCCUUUGGUGCAUAUCUGAGGAUCUUUCACUAUGGCUCAUCCAAAGACUAUACAUUGCAAGCCAUUGCAACUGCCUGCGCACUAGGGUCCGGUGUUGGCAUGGCCCUUGUCAAUCUAGUCUUUGGUCAGUUUAUCACACUCAUCACUGACUACACGGCGGGUCAUACGGAUGCUUCGAAGUUCCGAAGUGAAUCUGCGAGACUCAGUCUCUUCUUCUUCGUUAUUGGCCUAUGCCGAUUCUUCCUCACUUACGGAUACAGCACACUCUAUACACUCGCCGCAUACCGGAUCACGCGAAAUAUUCGCCACCGGUACCUGAAAGCAGGCUUGAGCCAGGAAAUUGCUUUCUUUGAUUCCGGUACUAGCGGAUCAAUUGCGAUGCAAGCUACUUCGAAUGGACGACUAGUACAGGCUGGAAUAUCGGAAAAACUGGGGCUGAUUGUCCAGGGCCUGUCCGCUUUUAUAUCGGCCUUCGUGCUAGCAUUUGUCACUCAAUGGAAGUUGACUCUCAUUUGCUGCUGCAUUGCCCCAUCAAUGCUUCUAGCUGUGGGUAUCAGCUCCACAUUUGAAGCUUCAAUUGAAGCAAAAAUCCUCAAAGUUCAGGCCCAAGCUGGAUCUUUUGCAGAGAGCAUCCUGUCAAGCGCUCGGACGGUACAGGCGUUCGGGCUUCGAAAUCAGCUAAUAUGCGACUUUGACAAAUUUUUGCAGGUUUCGAGAAAGCUCGGAAACAAGAAAUCUCCUCUUUUUGGUUGCCUAUUUGCCACGGAGUACACCAUCAUCUUUGCUGGGUUUGGCUUGUGCUUUUGGCAAGGCGUAAAAAUGAUAUCUACCGGGGAGGUGGAGCAAGCUGGGGACAUUUUCAUUGUGCUCAUGUCCGUGAUUGUGGCAGCUAUAAGCUUGACCUCUAUAAUGCCUUAUUUGAUUGACUUUGUCCGCGCAGCCUCCGCGGCGGCAGAGCUAUUCCGGCUGAUGGACCGAAAGUCAAGAAUCGAUCCAUUCGACGACUCCGGAGAAAGACCGACAGACGUGAUGGGAGAUCUCGACUUUAGUGGCAUUUCGUUCGCGUACCCUACACGUCCUGAUGUCAAGGUAUUGGACGACUUCUCACUGCACAUCCCGGCGGGCAAAACAACUGCGCUCGUGGGGGCAAGCGGGUCUGGAAAAAGCACCAUCGUUGGACUGAUUGAACGAUGGUAUGACCCUUUGUCUGGAACGAUCAAGCUUGAUGGCCAGCCAAUAGAACUUUUCAACCUCAAAUGGCUACGUCAGCAGGUUAGGCUUGUUCAACAAGAGCCCAUUUUGUUUGCUGGUACAGUUGCUGAAAACAUCGCGAAUGGCCUUGUGGGUACUCCUUGGGAGAAUGAAUCCCCAAUUGAAAAGCUGGCCCGGAUACAGGAUGCUGCUAAAAUUGCCUUUGCCCACGAUUUCAUCACCCAACUUCCUAGCGGGUAUGAUACCGUUAUUGGAGAGAGAGGCGGGCUACUAUCCGGAGGUCAGAAGCAACGGGUUGCCAUUGCUCGCAGCAUUGUUUCCCAACCACAGAUUCUUCUUCUGGAUGAGGCAACGAGCGCACUUGAUCCCCAUGCCGAGGAAGUCGUCCAACAGGCAUUGAACAAUGUGUCCAAGGGGCGCACUACAAUCACCAUUGCACACAAAUUAGCCACUAUAAGAGAUGCCGAUAAUAUUGUCGUCAUGGAACGUGGCCGUAUUCUCGAGCAAGGUACGCAUAACUCCCUUUUGGAAUCGAAUGGUGCAUACGCACGAUUGGUGCGGGCUCAGGAUUUGUCUGUGGCGACGCAGGACCCCGAAUCUGCCUCGGAUAGCCAGGAUGAAACAGACAAAGAGGAUCAUGUUAUACUUGAUGGUAAAUUGACCCGCCACUCGACUACCACGCGAUCAACUUCGGAGAAGCAGUUGAGUCGGGAUGAUUUUGACAAUUGGAAAAGAUUGGGUCUUCUUCACACAAUCUGGAGAUUGGUGAAAUCCACCCCUGAGGUCAAUUGGGCUUUGACGAUCAUGAUUUUGGCUUGUUUAACAGGAGCUGCUGCAUAUCCCGGUCAAGCUAUUUUGAUGUCCAAACUCAUUGAGGUCUUUCAAUUCACAGGCUCAGCUAUGCGGACAAAAGGGAACUUUUUUGCUCUCAUGUUUUUCAUUCUCGGGCUUGGAUCUUUCGUCGCCUAUUUUAUUAUCGGAUGGACAUCAAAUAUUGUUGCACAGACCAUGAACCACAAAUACCGGAAGCAAGUCGUCAAUGAUAUAAUGAAGCAAGACCUGCAAUUCUUCGAUCGCACCGAGAACACUACGGGGGCACUAACCAGCCGUGCCGACUCUUAUCCACAGGCCGUAUUUGAGCUUAUGGGCUUUAAUGUUGGUCUAAUGCUGGUUGCAACGACUGGUGUAUUAUCAUGCUCCAUCCUGGCAAUGGCAUAUGCAUGGAAACUUGGCCUUGUUGUUGUUUUAGCAGGACUUCCACCCAUGCUCGUUUCCGGUUACGCUCGCAUCCGAAUGGAGGGUGCAAUGGACCACAAGAUUUCGAAGCUAUUCUCGAAGAGCGCAUCCAUUGCCUCAGAGGCCGUGACGGCUAUCCGGACAGUGUCUUCCUUGGCGAUUGAGACAUCGGUUUUGGAGCGAUACACCCAUGAGCUUGACCAAGCAAUUGCCACAUCCACGACGCCAGUGCUUUUCAUCAUGCUCCUUUUCGCAUUCACCCAAACUGUUGAAUACUCUUUUCAGGCUCUCGGUUUCUGGUAUGGAUGCCGACUUGUCUCAUUUGGAGAGCUCAGCAUGGUCAACUUUUUCAUCGGUUUUCUAAGUGUAUUCUUUUCUGGCCAACAAGCUUCAAUACUUUUUGGCUUUUCAAGCAGCAUGACAAAGGCAACAAAUGCUGCCAAUUACAUAUUUUGGCUUGAACAGCUCCAGCCUACAAUUCGAGAGACUGGCGAAAACCGUGAUAUUGGCCCUGGCGACUUUAAAUCUCUCCACUUGGAAAACCUGCAAUUCUCUUACCCAAUGAGACCUCACGCUCGCGUCCUACGUGGCAUCGACCUUCAUAUCAAAAAGGGUCAAUUUGUCGCGUUUGUCGGCGCAUCUGGCUGUGGAAAAAGUACCAUGAUCGGUAUACUCGAACGUUUCUAUGAUCCAGUAGCCGGUCACAUCAGAAUCGAUGCCCACACAUUAGAGAGCAUGAACCCUUGGCUGUAUCGAGCGCAAGUAGCACUUGUACAGCAGGAACCCACCCUCUACCCUGGCACCAUUCGCGAAAACAUCGCCAUGGGGACGCCUACUGGUAGCCCGUCAACGGUUUCUGACAACGACAUUGAGGCUGCGUGUCGGGCUGCCAAUGCGUGGGAAUUUAUCUCUUCUCUGCCCGAUGGCCUUAUGACCCUCUGUGGUGCCAAUGGGACACAGCUCUCUGGCGGGCAGCGCCAACGCAUCGCCAUUGCCAGGGCGUUACUCCGGAAUCCCCGUCUACUCCUACUAGAUGAAGCAACAAGCGCGCUGGACACUCAAUCGGAGAGAAUUGUCCAAGAUGCACUGAAUGAGGCGGCUUCCCAAGGGGAUAGAAUCACGAUCGCGGUUGCUCAUCGCUUGUCAACUAUUCGUCAUGCGGAUAUGAUUUGCGUGUUUGAUGGGGGCAGGAUCGUUGAGUCUGGAACCCAUGAGGAAUUAUUGGUGAAAGGCCAGCUUUAUCCGAAGAUGUGCGAGGCUCAGAACCUAGGCACUUGA